GGCCUUGUUCGGGAGGACCUAGGCGGAUAUCCCGAUAUCGCUCGUUCGUUUAAAUGGUGAAGCUCUCCACUCAAGUCUUACAUAUCCGCCGUCAGGCCAAAUGAUAACCCAUGGCAUGUUUAGUGCUUUGCCAUCUUUGAAGAAGCCAGUGGAUAUGAAAUCUCCCCAUAAUCGGUGUAAAGAACAAAUCCGGCCUCUCUCUCCUUCCGACUGAAGCUAACUGAGUCUAGCUCUACAGGACUGACAUUGGUGCCUUAGUUUACUGUCUCCUGUGCCUGCAGGGUUAUCAAGUCAUGUUUCGGCUAACACUCUUGUCUUGCCAGGAGAGGGCAUAGUCCCUGAUUCCCUCGACAUUUCCUAUAGGCAUCAUGACUGUAUGAAUGUUGCUGUCUCGGUGCUGGAGUCGUUCCGAUAGGAAUACAACUGAUCUCAUCGCAGACACAGGGAUAUAAGGCCCUUAUGUGUUGGAAAGGCAUUCGCGGCCCAUCUUCACUAAAUAAUCGCUCAUCUCAUCACCAUGUCCUACAAGCCGCCAUCCAUCCAGGAGAUCAACUGGCUUGUUUCGGGGUACAAAAUCACUUCGGCCGAUGAAGAAUUUAUAGCGAAAUCUCAAGGGAGCUCGCCUUUCCCUUCCGGUUCUGAUUCCGAUGUUGGGAUUUCGAUCUUUAAAGCCACUAUGGGUGCCCUAGUCGCUCUCUCAGCCCUGGCAGGGCCUAUGGGCAUUGUCUUUGCAGCUGGUGCAGCAAUAAUAGAUGUCACACUGGACACGGACCCCACUGCGCCAUCUUCGGCUCCUACAUUGAGCCAGAUCUCCAAGGAAGUUGGCAGGACCAUUGAGGAGAAGCUUCAGGAUCGAGAUAUCGCUCAACGUAUCGCACUUGUGCGAAGUGUAUUGGACUAUAUUGAUCAGAAUAAGGAGAUUCUAGAGGCAUUGGAGAAAGAUGAAACAGGAACUAAAAAGAUUUAUCCACGUUCUACUCACUUGGAAGACAACGUAGACUAUCUAAAGACGCAAAUCAUCCCGCAGCUCAUCAAGUACAGCUCUCCCGGAGGUCUAUAUGAUGGACUCACCGGCCUCGGCGAAGUUGCUACUCACCCACCAUGGCAUAGACCUGAUAUUCGGGCCGCCCAUCUCCUCGUCUUCACCACUCUGUUUAUUACGCAACAAUACCUCAGCCUCAUUUACUCUCGUCUUGCUGCACUCGAGAGACAUCGAGGAAACAAGAGCAAGGCACAGAACUACACAAGCUCGUACUACAACCAGUUGGACGUCAUGCAGGGCAAGGUCGAACAGCAACUCGCCUUGCUGAACGAGAACAUCAACCGGUUGAGGAAGUGGAGACGAGACGAGAUUACAGACGUGGCCGAACGUACCCCGGCUGUCGUUGAGGAUUCGGGCUGGACGCCACCAGGAGCGUAUGGUGCAACUGUGCCCGUCUCCAAUGGCCGUCCAAGCAACGUCAUAUCCUGGAAGGACAACUGUACGGGCAACAAUCAUGAACGUCGAGCGAGCGAGUAUUACUAUGGGUUGUUCAACAUGUUGAGGGGAUGGAGGUUCGACGAUGCUUGGAGAGAUUCUCGGCCGGAGCACGAUGCAUAUAUGGACAGACUGAAUGCUCAUAUCGAUCGAGUGUUGAAACCGGAUAUGUUAGUCGCCCAGGGUUGGCAGGCUACCCUUGAAGCAGCGACCAAGUUUCUUAAGAUUGAUCAUUAAUUUCUUCGUCGCUCCAUUUCUUGUGAAACAUUCAAAGCUCUUGUUAAUAUUUCUUGUAAAGUUGAUACUUUCCUUGCAUGUUAGCCCUCCGCGGACAAGGAAUGGAGAAGGGAUAGUGUAAGAGAAAAUGCCGAAUGGAGAGCGUCGAUCAAUCUGGCUCCAUCGGAAUUCACAUCUAGAACACUGUAAGAAGCCGUGUCUUCUCCGUGAAGUACGAUUUUUAUGUUAAGGACCUAGUUCGACGACACAUACUAGUAUCU